AUGGCCUCGCCAGCAGACAGCUGCAUCCAGUUCACCCGCCAUGCAAGCGAUGUCCUCCUCAAUCUCAACCGCCUGAGAAGCCGGGAUAUUCUGACCGAUGUCGUCAUCAUCGUGAACCGAGAGCAGUUCAGAGCCCACAAAACAGUCCUGAUGGCCUGCAGUGGCCUCUUCUACAGCAUCUUCACUGACCAGCUCAAGUGCAACUUGAAUGUCAUCAACCUGCACCCUGAAAUUAACCCUGAGGGGUUUUGCAUCCUCUUGGACUUCAUGUAUACAUCCCGCCUGAACUUGAGGGAGAACAAUAUCAUGGCCGUGAUGGCCACAGCGCUGUACCUGCAGAUGGAGCACGUGGUUGAUACCUGUCCCUCCUUUUUGCCUGGUUCCAGUGAAGCGGAGAUGGUGUCUGCUGUGAAGGCCCCAAGGGAAGAGUUUUUGGCUGGACGGAUGCUGGGCCACCCAGAGGUGAUGGCUUAUCGGAGCAGAGAUGUCUCAGAGAACGGCCUGCCUCUCCAAAAUGGGUCCCUCUGCAAUGGGAGGGCCUUUGCACCUGGCUUGAUCAACAGUUUGUCUGGAUCCCCCAUUUCCUACCAUGAAUACAGCCCUCUCCCUCUAAAUAGCUUCCUUGUGGAUGAUGAGCUGCGGGAGAUGAGGAUGCCUCUCUCCGAACUCUCGAGGGCAGGUGCCUUCCCCAAGGAGAGGAUCCUGCCAUGUGACAGCUCCAGGACAAUCCCCACCGAGUACAUGAGAACCAUUACCGACAUCUCGGCCAACAUGUGCCACACUACCAUCUAUGCUCCAAAAGAAGGUGCUGCUGAAGAAGCCAGGAGUGACAUGCACUACAGCGUAGCCUCUGGCCCCAAACCUGUUGUCCCUUCGAUCCGGAACAAUCCCUAUUUCCCUUGUGACAAAGUGGCCAAAGAGGAGGAGAGGACCUCUUCAGAGGAUGAGAUCAGCCAACACUUUGAGCCCACCAACACCCCCCUGGACCGCAAGGGACUCAUCAGCCCCCAGAGCCCCCAGAAGUCAGACUGUCAGCCCAACUCGCCAACCGAGUCCAGCAGCAGCAAGAACGCCCGUAUCAGUCAGAGCUCCAGCUCCCUCUUCACCAAGAGCCCCACAGACCCCAAAGCCUGCAACUGGAAGAAGUACAAGUUCAUUGUCCUCAACUCUCUCAAUCAGAGCACCAAGCAAGACAGUGCUGAGCAGAAUGAGAUGGCAACACUCUCUCCUCGCACCUACAUGCCCAUGUCCACUUGCCAGCAGUCCAUGGAGCCGGAGCAUCUCAACGUGCAAUCCCCCACUAAGAUGAGUGCGAAUGGAGAAGACUCUACUAUCCCACAAGCAAGCAGACUCAAUAAUAUUGUUAACAGGUCCCGGGAUGGGUCCCCUCGGAGCAGCGAAGGGCAGUCCCCGCUGUACAUGCAUUCGUCGAAGUGCAGCUCCUGUGGCUGCCAGUCCCCACAACAUGCUGAGAUGUGCCUUCAUACCCCUGGCUCAAACUUUGGAGAGGAGAUGGGGGAAACCCAGUCUGAAUACUCUGACUCCAGCUGUGAGAAUGGAGCCUUCUUCUGCAAUGAAUGCGACUGCCGGUUCUCCGAGGAGGCCUCUCUCAAGAGACACUCUCUGCAAGUCCACAGUGACAAGCCCUACAAGUGUGACCGCUGCCAGGCCUCCUUCCGCUACAAGGGGAACCUUGCCAGCCACAAAACUGUCCACACAGGAGAAAAGCCGUACCGCUGCAACAUCUGUGGAGCGCAGUUCAACCGGCCGGCCAACCUGAAAACCCACACACGCAUCCACUCCGGAGAGAAACCCUACAAGUGUGAGACCUGCGGGGCCAGAUUUGUCCAGGUGGCUCAUCUCCGUGCUCAUGUGCUCAUUCACACUGGGGAGAAGCCAUACCCCUGCGAGAUCUGUGGCACACGCUUCCGGCACCUGCAGACACUCAAAAGUCACCUUCGAAUCCACACAGGAGAGAAACCGUAUCAUUGUGAGAAGUGCAACCUGCAUUUCCGCCACAAAAGCCAGCUGCGGCUUCACCUCCGGCAGAAGCACGGGGCCAUCACCAACACCAAGGUGCAGUACCGCAUCUCUGCGAGCGAGGUGCCUCCAGAGCUCCCCAAGGCCUGCUGAAGGCAGAGGAUUUCCCAGGAGGAGGAAGUCAUCUUCUCGGGGGAGAAGCUGUCCAAAGGAUACUUAAAAUACUUUAAAAGAAAAAAAAGAAAA